AUGUCGCUGCUGGCCAAUGGAACGAUGAAAGAGCGAGGCGAGCUCCUUCGAAAAUGGAUCUCCUCGGGGGAGAACCUUGCAAGCUGUGAGGCCCAGGUGACUGCAUCGAGGAAAAGCACAGCCACGGGGCGCCGCAGGCGGCGCCUCGUGGCUGUCAAGGACAUGAUCAAUAGUCCGUACAACUUUUCGCAGUGCCUUGGUGGAAUCGGUGUCGUUUUCGUGGCAGUGAUCAUCAACCAAAAUGUGCUCCUAGCUAGAAGUUUACAAGUCUCGCAAUGCCUGGCUGGAAUGGUCGGUGUGUCAAUCUUCCUGCAAAAGAUCGAAAGCAUCAUCAGCAGGGGCGGAGGUGUUGAAGACAUCGACGCUCCGGGCUGCUUGCCCGAACCAAAGUUUUGGGUGACGGUGGAAGAGGAAAUGGUGGACGAGACCGAAGCGUCAGUGGAGCAAAACAUUUCGGUGCGAGCGCGACCGUCUGCCGACAUGUUCACCUCGAUCCUCGAUGUUGGCCAGCUCCAGCGACAGGCCCAGUCCAGCCCCCUGAAUGGAGAUGUGCUCAGGGCAUUCGACACCUACAACACCGAGAUCGCGAAAGCAGCCAACAUCGACGGU